AUGAUUGAGCUUCACGAAAUUCCUCCUGCUAGGCACUUCUCACCUAGGAAAUCACCCAUUCUAGGCAAGAAAUACGGUUUGGAAGGCCACGAAGCGGAUGAAAAUGAUUUUGAUGCUUUGAAAUGGGCCGCGAUUAUGACUGGACAGUCAACGGACUAUUUGGGAACAAAGGAGAGAAUCCAAGAAGGAGGUAAAUUCAAGGGUAAUGAAUACCCAACGAUCACUCAUUCUCAUCGCACGCUCUCACACGCCGUUGAGUCAGUGGAGCUUGAGCAGCAGCAGUGUUUUACCUCUGAACCUCCUACAGCCACGUUUGAAGAAGCAUUGGAAGACUUUUUAGCAGCCUAUGAAAUUAAACCCGAUUGGAUAGAGAAUUUACUAUUUAUCUCACGUAUAUAUCUUGCAAAAGGUGACAAAGUGAAUGCGAAGAAAUUCCUUAGUAAAUUACUCGCUGUAACACCUAACGAUGAGUCUGAACGCGAAAUGCAACAUGAAGCCAAAAAAUUGCUGUCAAAAUGCUAA